AAAAAAAAAAAGAUAUUAGCAAAUGAUAAAGUGGAUUCAGCUGUUCAGUGGUCAGCCACCGCCGGAGAAGAAUGAACACGCUGUUGCUUCCUCCGCCACCGCUCCAUAUCCGCCUCCCUCCGCUCCACUAUUUCUCUGCUCCGUUGCCCCUCCUUUGCCACCGCCUCUGCGCCGCCGCCCCUCAAAGUUUCAAUCUCAGCGCAACCGCCGAGGAUCCGUACGACGUCGCUGUACUCCCCAACCCUAGUUACGACUUCACUCCACUCCUCGAUUACCUCUCCACUAACUACACUCCGCCGGAGUCGCUCCCCUCCGACCCACCGAGACAGCUGGAGGAAGCCGAGCUCCGCCUCGCGGAGUCGUACGGCGCCGUUCCGGCUCCCCUGUGGCACUCUUUGAUUAAGAAUCUCUCCUCCUCGCCUUCCUCCUUUUCCACUGCCUAUUCGUUGGUUACCUGGCUUCAGAGGCACAAUCUGUGCUUCUCCUACGAGCUUCUUUACUCAAUUUUGAUUCACGCGUUGGGGAGGAACGAAAAGUUGUACGAAGCUUUUCUGUUAUCGCAGCGUCAGAGCUUGACUCCAUUGACAUACAAUGCCCUAAUUGGGGCUUGCGCGAGGAACGAUGAUCUCGAGAAGGCGUUGAAUCUGAUGGAAAGGAUGAAGCGAGACGGUUACCAAUCCGAUUUCGUCAAUUACAGCUUGAUUAUUCAAUCACUGAUGAGGAGCAACAGCGUGGAUGUGUCGAUAUUGGAGAAAUUGUACAGUGAAAUGGAGGUGGAUAGCAUCGAAUUAGACGGGCAGCUGUUCAAUGAUCUGAUUUCAGGCUUCGCUAGGGCUGGAGAUGUAGACAGAGCAAUGUAUUUCUUCGGGAUGAUGCAGGGGAAUGGAAUGACUCCGAAGACGAGCACCAUUUUUCUGGUGGUGAAUGAGUUAGGGAAUUUGGGGAGAAUUACAGAGGCGGAAGCUGUGUUCGAGGAGUUUAAGGAAGGUGGAUUGAAGCCGAGGACGAGAGCUUACAAUGCUCUACUGAAAGGGUAUGUGAAGGUGGGAGCCUUGAAGGAUGCAGAGUACAUUGUGUCGGAGAUGGAGAGGGCCGCCGUUUCGCCUGACGAGCAUACCUAUAGCUUGCUCAUGGAUGCUUACGGUAAUGCCGGCAGGUGGGAGAGUGCUCGAAUAGUCUUGAAGGAGAUGGAGGCGAACGGCGUGAAGCCUAAUUCGUACGUGUUUAGCAGGAUCUUGGCGACGUGCCGGGACCGUGGAGAGUGGCAGAGAUCGUUUCAGGUGCUGAAGGAGAUGAAGGUCUGUGGAGUCAAUCCCGACCGGCAGUUCUACAACAUAAUGAUCGAUACAUUUGGGAAAUACAAUUGUCUCGAUCAUAUGAUGGCUGCGUUCGAGAGGAUGAAGGAGGAGGGGAUUGAUCCGGAUACGGUGACAUGGAAUACGCUGAUCGAUUGUCACUGCAAGCAAGGUCAUCACGACACAGCAGAGGCAUUGUUCAGAGAAAUGCGGGAGAGCGGGUUUUUGCCUUGCACGACGACGUAUAACAUCAUGAUCAAUUCGUUUGGGAGUCAAGAACGGUGGGAUGAUGUGAAGGAUUUGUUGAGGAAGAUGCAGGGGCAAGGAUUGCUGCCUAAUGUCAUCACCUACACGACGCUGGUUGAUAUUUACGGGCAAUCGGGUAGAUUCAACGAUGCGAUCGAGUGCUUGGAGGUGAUGAAAUCGGCUGGACUAAAACCAUCUUCCACAAUGUACAAUGCUUUGAUUAAUGCCUAUGCGCAGAAGGGAUUAUCCGAGCUAGCCUUGAAUGCAUUUAGGGUCAUGCGAGGCGAUGGUUUGAAACCGAGCCUUUUGGCUCUUAACUCGUUGAUUAAUGCUUUCGGAGAGGAUAGGAGAGAUGCUGAAGCAUUUGCCGUAUUGCAGUACAUGAAGGAUAAUGACUUGAGACCCGACGUUGUCACUUACACGACACUCAUGAAAGCUUUGAUCCGCGUUGAGAAGUAUGAAAAGGUUCCUUCUGUAUUCGAGGAAAUGCUGCUCUCCGGAUGCGCUCCCGACAGAAAAGCUAAAGCGAUGCUUCGAUCUGCUCUACGGUACAUGAAGUCUGCUCUAAAACUAUAGCUCGAUUCCAUUCGCAUCCGAUAUGGAAUCUCUAGCCACCGAUCUCACCACGGCAAAAAGUUGAGGUCCGUAACCCCGCUUACACAAUCGAUGUGUACCCGAUCAACCGUUUGGAUUCGAUUGUUCGUUAUUGUUGCAUUACGGAAACUACAUUUGGCGCAGGCUGGACGAGGGGGCGGCGUCGAUGCAAUGCCCCGACUCGAAGUGUCCCGGUAGGCGUCGAUAGCGUCGAUUGUACAGUGUAUAUGGAAAAACACAAAGGCGCCAAGAGAGAGCGAGAGGGAGAGAGAGAGAGAGAGAGAGAGGAACUUCUAUGAUUCACUCGGAUAAUCUUGAAAAUCCAAUUUCACUGAGCAGUCCAUGCUCCGGGAACUUUCUCCGCAAUCACAGUCGCAGUUCGCCGUCCGGUUAAUUGUCGCCGGAAUCGAUCCCAGAUCUGUUUGUAUCUUUAUCCGCACAUGCGAAUCUGUAUCGUGUGCGUUUUGGAGUAGUAUGUAACAGCCGCGUCAAUUUUGGCUGUAGUCAAAGACGAAUUGUGGUGAGGAGAUUUUGAUAAGAGUGAUGAUUUGAUGAGAAGAACUGAUGUUAUUUGCAGUAGAAGGAGGAGGUUUUUUCUCUUCUUCAGCUUCUGGAUACACUAACGGCCUAAAGCUUCUUGUGUUGGGUCGGGAAAUCGAAGAGGAACCAAUGAGAGUAACGCCGUGGAAUCAGUACCAGUUGGUGGACCAAGUGACCGAUCCUUCUCUCCAGCUGGCUUCAGCGAAGAACUGGCUUGUCCGUGGGCGUGCCGCCUCCUUGGUGUGCUUUGGUCGAACCACAGCUCAACCUGAAUGCACGUCCCAUCUGAAAGUCGGUCCUAAUCAAAACAAAGAAGUAUUGCCCGAGCCUGUGGCUUUUGAUGAGAGUAAAGAUCAGGCACACCUGGUUAAUCCUACUAGUUACGAUGAUCUUGGCAGCAAGUUGAGUAGUCGAAAGAGUAGCUUGAAGAAAUCGAAGAAAAAUGAAGCUAUUACCUUCAUUGAUGGUGGUGGUAGAAAUAAUCGAAAGUGUGGAGAGUUUCUUGAACAGGUCGAUGGCGUCGAUUGUCAUAUAGAUAGGAAGAGAGUUCAGUGGACAGACAUAUCUGGGGGAGAGCUGUUUGAGAUUCGGGAGUUCGAGAUGAGUGAAGAUGGAUCAGAUUUCAACUACGAUCUUGAGAACGGGAAGGUAUGUUCGUGCAAAGUCAUGUGAUCCAAAGGUGCCCGCGGUGAAAAUACCGAAUGGGAUCGAAGCAUGGACCAUUGAUAUAUCGGGUUAAUCUUCUUGCCUCAUUUCAAUAUUGUGUGCAAUUGAAUUACUGCCUUGUGAUUCUAGUUUGUUGUUGUUUCGAUUUUGGUUCUGGUUCCGGUUUGACCCCUGCAUCGGCCAUUCCUCGUCGUCGAGGAAUGACUUGCUGGGCCUUUGUAGUUGUCCAUAUGAAAAGUUUUACCUUGAGUUACUGCUGUUAAAAGAGGCAUCAAUCAUCA